AUGGAGAAGGACAAGGCAGCGAAGAAGAGCGCCAAGGAGGAGAAGGCCAAAGAAAAAGUGGACAAAAAGAAGGACAAGAAGGACAAGAAGAAGAGCGGCAAACACCCUUCGAAGGCGGACAAGAAGAAGGCCACGGACGCCACUGGCUCGUCGUCGGCAGAGAGGGUGAGGGAGCUGAUCGUGCUGGAUGGCCGGGUCACGAGCGACUGGGUCAAGCUCUUUGAAAACGACCGGCUGAAGGACGGCAGCCGCAUUCGAGUGGUGCAGGCGUCGUGGAUGGAGACCUCAGUCGCCGUUUACUCCGACGCUGGUUGCAUGAUGAGCAUCGCUCCGAUCAGGGAGAGCGAGGGCAAGGUCACGCGUCCCAACUGGCUCGGAGUCAAACCUGACUUCCUGCUGAUCAGGAACCAGGUGCGCGGACCGACCCCGGCGUCGGACAACCGCAACACGCUCUACGGACUCAUGAUGGCCGGCGUGCCCGCCAUCAACACUCUCCAAUCCGAAUACAUGAACCUGGAGAGGCCGAUCAUGUACGGCGUAUUGCGGGAGAUCCAGAAGAGGGUCGGCGCGGACAAGUUCCCGCUCAUUCCGAUCAACUUCUACUCCUCCCACACGCAAAUGGCCAUCACGCCCGACAUGCCGGCGGUGAUGAAGGUGUCGCACGCGCACGCCGGAAUGGGGAAGAUCAAGCUUGACGAGACCGCCGCCUUCCGCGACAUGGCCACCGUGCUGGCCCUCAACAACAACUACUGCACCUCCGAGCCGUUCAUCGAUGCCGAGUACGGCCUCAGGGUACAAAAGAUCGGCAAUCACUACCGCGUGUACAAGAAGGUGUACACGGGCAGCGGCUGGAAGUCCCAGUUCGGCGGGUCCGACCUGCAGCUCAUCGAAAUCAACGACAGGUACAAGCUGUGGGUGGACGAGUGCGCCAAGGCUUUCGGCGGAAUGGACCUGUUGGCCGUCGAUGCCCUGAAAGCCAAGGACGGCCAGGAGUACAUCAUCGAGCUCAAUGGAACAGCCAUCGGACUCACCCCCGGCUACGAGGCGGAGGACACCGAACAUAUUCAUCAGCUGACCCUCGAGCGCAUGAACUCCCUCUUCUGCGCCGAUGAGUGA